CUCAAACCAGAGAUGUCCAGCCCUGUUUUUAAGACAUGAGGGUCCGCUUCACGCCAACACCAGGAUCUGGUCUUCUGUGGACCAGCCCGAGGAAUCUUCAACAUUUCAUUGAUAUUCAUCUGGAGAACACAGUCAGAGAGACAGCAACAAUACUAAAACAACAGAGAGAUGGCAAACUCAGAACCAACAAGCUGGUACCAACCAAUGGACAUAGACGAGUCAAAUGAGACUCUGGAGGAGAUUAUCAGCAGGUAUUGUCGCUGGCCAAGCCAAGACAAACCUCAUCCUCAAUCCAAUCAGAGGCGCCCACCCCAAUUGCAGGAGAGGUAUCCUGCUGCCAAGAGCCAGGUCCAGGAGCUGCAGGAGAGGCUGGAGGAGGAGCGACAACAGAGACUCCAGUGUGAAAAGGAGAACAGGUGUUUAAAAGAACAACUGAAACACCUGAAGCCCUCCUUUCAGCCUCAGAACCUCACCUAUUAUGUGCAGCACACCACAGGGAAGUUCACUGGCAUAAUAAAAGACCUGAACCAGAAGCUCACAGCCAAGGAGGAGGCCAAUGAGUCCCUCAAAAAGGAGGUGGAGGACCUGAAGAAAUGGCUGGCAGAAGCCAGGUCCAGUCACACUGAGCUGUCCUCCAAAUUGAUAUCCCAGAAUGAGGACAGUGACAGGCUCAAGAAGGAGGUGGACCAGCUCACUAAGGACAAGGAACACCAAACCUGGUGGAUUGACCGCCUCAUGGAUGAGCUGGACGAGGUCAGGGGGCAGCUUUGGGAGCUGGAGGCCUUAGACCUCAAGGAGCAGGUGGACCAGCUCACCAAAGACAAGGAACACCAAACCUGGUGGAUUGACCGCCUCAUGGAUGAGCUGGAUGAGGUCAGGGGGCAGCUUUGGGAGCUGGAGGCCUUAGACCUCAAGGAGCAGGUGGACAAGCUCACCAAGGACAAGGCAAACCUAACCUGGUGGAGUGACCGCCUCAUGAAUGAGCUGGACGAGGUCAGGGGGCAGCUUUGGGAGCUGGAGGCCUUAGACCUCAAGGAGGAGGUGGACAAGCUCACCAAGGAGAAGGCAAGCCUAACCCGAUGGAGUGACCGCCUCAUGAAAGAGCUGGACGAGGUCAGCGACCCGCUUUGGGAGCUGGAGGCCUUAGACACCAAGGAGGAGGUGGAGGACCUGAAGAAAAGGCUGGCAGAAGCCAAGACCAGCCACACUGAGCUGUCCUCCAAAUUAAAAUCACAAAAGGACGACAGUGACAGGCUCAGGGAGGAGGUGGACCAGCUCACCAAGGAGAAGGAAACCCAAACCUUGUGGAGUGACCUCCUUCUGAAAGAGCUGGAAGAGGUCCGGGAGCAGCUUUGGGUGAUGAAGCUCCCCAACCAUCAAGCUGUCAAGGAGGAGACUGAUCUGGCCCAACUAAUGAAGAACCUGUCCCUCCAAGACAACUCAGGGCCCUCCCUUCCCAGCAAUGAGACUUGGGUGAAAGAACUUAUCAAGAUCUCUCCCUGGAGAACGCCCCCCUAAACAGCUGCUGCCCCCCCUCCGUGGGUUUUUCUCCGGGUAGCUCCGGUUUUAUCCCACACAAAAAAUUAGAAUAAAUUUGUGAAAACUAAA